CCCGUAAACUGUCGAGGGACAUAUGAAGACCGACGAACGGUGGCCGACAUCCGUUAUCCACGAGUGCCGCCGUUGUGAUGAAUUAUGGGGGAUGUUGGACGCGUUCGUUGAUGGAAAUGUGUUUUGCGAUAUGCUGAACUGAUGGGCGGGACUUGCGAGAACGUGAGGGAAGGGCUGCGCACGCCGCAUACAGGGAUGGCCGUGAUAAGCCCUGCCUAGUCUGGGUUCAUUGGGCCAACAUUGGGGACUAGCUCCACCCGGCCUAGUCCUGCCGUCUGCAUCAAAAACUUCUGGAUCUCCAAAGACGCGACAACUGAAUAAAACAACAGCCAAUCGUCAGAAUGCCACCAAAGAGGAAGAGAGAAGCCGCCGAGAGCGCCGCAAAGGCAAAGGCGCUGAAAAGCACAAAGGAAGCAGUUGCCUCAACCCCAAAGCAGCCGGCAACCAAGGAAAAUGCGAUCCGCAAGAGCAAGGAAGCUGCAGCCAACGGGAAGAUGGACGUGAGUAUGAGCAAACUUCAAAUCGAUUCCACAACAGAAGUCGAAGAUGCCGUUCCCGAUGUCACGACUGUCCAAGUCAUAACUGGCUCCUACGAGAGGGUUCUACAUGGAUUCGCAGCUGCUCUUCCCAGCAGUCUCUUCACUGGACAAGACGAUGCAUCGACACCUGAGGCAGACAGGUCAAAAGUGGAUUUUACCGACACAUUCCUUUUCAACGCCCAUGCGUCUUCCAUCCGCUGCCUUGCUCUGUCUCCUCUUUCAAAUGAGACAUCUAAAAUCACACUGGCCACAGGCAGCACUGACGAGCGCAUCAACCUGUAUUCCAUCUCAACAGCACCACCUGUCGCCUCCAAGCUCAGACCAAAGCUGCCUUCUCUACAUGGCGGCUCCAUCACCGAGAACCCCAAGAACAAGGAACUCGGCUCAUUACUUCAUCAUUCAUCAAAUAUCACAGCCCUCUACUUCCCCACGAGGGCAAAGCUUCUAAGCUCCGCAGAAGACAGCACAAUCGCUAUCACAAGAACGCGCGAUUGGACCGCACUUUCAACCAUCAAAGCACCGAUACCGAAACCUCAGGGCCGACCAAGCGGAGACACAGCCGGACCCGGCGAAGUGCCUUCUGGAAUCAAUGAUUUCGCCGUGCACCCCAGCAUGAAGCUUAUGCUCAGCGUAGGCAAGGGCGAAAAGUGUAUGCGGCUCUGGAACCUCGUAACGGGAAAGAAAGCCGGCGUGUUAAACUUUGACCGCAACAUCCUGGCCGCAGUAGGCGAAGGGCGCUUUGCGUCCGGCGAGGGCAGGAGGGUAAUCUGGGAUAAGGAAGGCGAAGAAUUUGCAGUGGGCUUUGAACGCGGUAUCGUUGUUUUCAACAUUGAAUCCAAGCCAAAAGCAAAGAUUGCACCAACCCCGAGGACAAAAAUCCAUCAAAUGCACUACUUGCCGUCGGAGUCGCAUCAGGCCACGCUACUAGUGUCCACAGAAGAUGGCCGCGUACUUCUCUACGAUACAGCCACCACAAUACCAACCGAAACAUCAGAAAAGAACAAGGACGAUGUGCCAGCUGCCAGAUUAGUCGCUCAAAUUGGUGGCCCAGCUGCAGGCAUGACGAAUCGUGUCAAGGACUUCGAAAUCGUAUCUCUCUCGCAAACAAGCUUCCUUAUCGUCACUGGUAGCAGCGACGGCACAGUGCGCUUUUGGUUCUUGAGUACGGAUGAACUGAAGAGUGACGAUGCGGGCAAGGCAAAGGGCUUCACUGCAGUUCAGGUUGGCAAACUGCUUGGGUCGUAUUCCACAGGCACCAGAAUCACAUGCUUGAAGGCUUUCUCCAUGACUGGCAAGCCUGAUGCAGAGGAGGAGGAGGAGGUCAUCGAGAAGGAUGGAAGUGCGUCGAGUAGUGAAGAUGAUAGCGAGUAGAACACAGUUGCAGUUGUAGCAUUAAUGAUACCACCCUGUUCUUGCGACUUGAUCA